UCCUAAUUUUUGAAUACAAAGGAUAUGCCAAAUUACAGGUUUUGCCCUUCUUCUUUAAAAUAUAAAACCCUAUCUAGGGACUUCGGCGUAAUUGCACAAGUAACCUGGACCAUCCAUUACAAAACGGGAAGAUCCGGUGCAUAUUAUACCCGGUGCAUUCUGCAGCGUUUUCGUGCAAGAUUUACAGGAAGAUCCGAACUUGGUCGGGCGAUCCAUUCAGUUUCUCUCGAAUUUGUUUUUCAGUAGUGACACCCCUUGAUUUCAGCAGCCAGUUACGACGUGAAUUUCAAAAUUCGCAUACCUGUGAUCCCACUUCCUUCUGAUACCUCGCUUUCUUCUUAUUGAUCAUGGAUAAUGAUCUGAUUUCAUCUUCACUACUUACGUUUCAUUGUGUGAUAGCCAUUUUCGUCUCUUUUUGUGAUACAGAACUAUGAAUUAGUUUUUGAACAUAACUUCUUACUCUUCGUGUUUUUUUGUUGAUAUUACAGGCAUCUGAAGGGAAGGUAUCAGUGAGAUCCUGGAAGAUAAUGAAGUGAUGCAAUGGAAAAGAAAUGCAAAUAAGGCAGUCGUGAACAUGCAUCCGGUAAUGCGUUGGAUUCAUUUCUCCAAAGACGGCUGGAAAACAUUAAGAAAUCCAAGAACAUUAGUACUUCCUCUGCCUUUGAUGAUUGCAGCUCCAAAAAUACGUGCCACGAGUCGUUUUCCACUAUCAAAUGGUCAUCAGAAUGCAUCCGCUGGCUCUUUGUUGGAUUCUGCUGUCAAAGGAGCAAGAGAUAUAAAAUCUGAAAGAUAAAUUAAAUGUUAUUCAAAAAUCUUCUCAAAUGCAGCUUGAGCUGAUAUUUAAAGCUUGGCCACUAAAAUGUGAAAGCCACAAUCAGGCCCAAAGGUUAUAGCAGGUCUGUGCACCUCAUGGGAGGCCACAAUUAUCCUGAAAGUGAAGGUAUUGGCAAGGGAAAGCAAUUUGUAUGGGCAGAAAGGAUCAGUUAGAGGUAGUAUAUAAUUUAUGGGACCAACAUGGUAAAGUAGGAAUUCUGUUGUUCAUAUAGGUGUAUUGAAACUGAGUUUGAAGUCUCCUGCAAUUUGUAGAUAUAUAUUAUCACAAUAUAGUCAGAGUUUGAUGGAUUAAUCCACACUUGAUUACAAGUUUCUUGAUAAAUUUAGCAUCAUACCUUUGGCUUGCCUAUAAAGCAGGUUAUCAUUUACAUUGUUCUUAUUGGCAUAUUUGCCUUAUAUUCUGGCAUGAUUUUUUUUUUACUUCCUGGUGUAAUGCACCGUAGGAGUAGAGCAGCUGGUUGAUUUAAUUCUCAAAAUUUUAUUAAAAAGAUUAUAAUUUGUUCAUGAAUAUUUAUAUAUUUUAUUUAUGUUGGAAUAUAAUAUAAUAAUAAAAUAAUAGUUUUUUAGGUUUCUUUGAAUAAUAUAAUAGUAGUUUUUUAGGUUUCUUUCUACCGAGACAGGUUCAUAUUGUGUUUCUUCUCAAUCCUAUACGAGGCUCGCAAUGUGUGCUUCAUUGUGUGUCAGUGGUGAAAAUUUCUUUUGUUCUUUUGAGAUUGAGUUUUGACCGGUAGUUGUGACGAUUUCUCGAGCAGGUCGUAAGCGCCUGUGGGACACUGAUCCAGGGGCAAUAUUCUUGGAUUUCCUUAUUUCACAAAAAGCUUCUUGAAUUCAAAAUUCAAAUUUGUCUUCACUAACUCAACAGAAUGGUGAUCCUUCGUCUUCAAUGGAGCAUAGAGGUCGUAGGCGUGUGCAUUUGGGUAUCCAUCUCUAUAGAUCUUAGAGCUUAUUUAUGUUACAUUCGGUUUGGCUUGACAGCAAGUUGUGAAUUAUAAUUGAUCAAAUGCUGAUCAUCGAAGAUUUUUUGUGGCGAACAAAAUCAGAAUGCUUAUAAUGCUUCGGAGAGGCAUGGAUUCACGGGUGAAAUCAGAUACUAUAGUUUUGGUGCUGAAUUUGAUGGACAUAGGACAAGUAUCACUAUUAAGAGGUUACGGUAAAAUUUGAUUAAUUUGUGGAUUUGCUGUUUGUAUUAUGCUAAGUUGAUCAUGAUUUGCACUUAGUGUUGUGUGAUUUUGUCUUAGAUUCUCAAUUAGUUUUGGCUGACAAAGGCGUGUGUUUUUAAUAGUUUGAUAAAAAAGAAUGAGUCAAUGGUAGUUUUGGGCAAUAUGUUUGCAAGAUCAACAGUUGACCAUUUAUCAUUCAUGCUUUUAAUGCUGAAAUUCAUGAUGCUUUUCAGGUAAAUUUGAAUUUGAGUUUGGCUUUAAGAUUACUGCUUCGUGCUUUUAAUAAGCUUCUUCAGAUUACACAUCUAAUUAUAACUAAUUGUAGAUCUGUUUCCUAUUAUAAUGCAAAAGUAAUAAGUAAACUGCUCUGCUCGACUUCACUGCUGCUUACGUCAUCAACGCAAACUAAACUGGAAUGUUUCUGUUCCAGUGUGCACUUAUUGGGUUGGCAUUCAAUGUAAUAAGAACGGAACAAGAGUAAUUGUUGUCCAUCUUCCAGGUGUUGGGCUUUAUGGAUCCACACCAGUUAAAAGUAUCGAAAAGCUUGAUGCUUUACAGGUUCUUUGCUACAGCAUUUUGGACACCUCCAGCAUUCUGGAUUUCUUGAUUAGAUACAGGCACAAUUUAAAUCCCACAAUAAUAUACAAAACUGGUAGAAUACAGUUGGACCACUAAGUGAUUACCUACCUUUCUAAUUUUUGAAACUGUGGGUGAGGUAAGGGAAUUUUUAGUAUUACCUGGAAAGCUUCAUACGAUAUUUUAAUACAACUACUGAGCUCUGUUUAUGUCCCUUUUAGGAUAGCAUAAAAAACAACGGGGACGUUAUUCACAGACUUAUCAUUGUUAUACGCAUGAUGCACGAUGGUCAUGUUGCUGAUCAUGAGACAUCUACUGCACGUGAAAUGCCUUUUUAAAAAAUUUUCAAUUACAAUGUAGGUUCCCCACCUACCACUUGGUAUUCGGACUCUAGCCAGUCAUCUAAGUCAUGGAUCCAUACAUCAACUCAAGCACCAGGUAAUGUUCUUUUCAGAUGCUCAAUCUAUCUAAGUUAUGGCUGUUAUGUGUUUGAUCAAGUUAGUUUCACCCUCUGUUAUUAAUAGUUUUGUAUCACCAGUUUUACGAGCAAAAUGUACCCUUCCAUAAACCCCUUUUGUGUUUGAAAGAUAUUUACUUUUGUGAUUGAAAGUUAUAGACUCCAGCUUAUCAACAUCAACUCAAGCACCAGGUAAUGUUCUUUUCAGAUGCUCAAUCUAUUUAAGUUAUGGCUGUUAUGUGUUUGAUCAAGUUAGUUUCACCCUCUGUUAUUAAUAGUUUUGUAUCACCAGUUUUACGAGCAAAAUGUACCCUUCCAUAAACCCCUUUUGUGUUUGAAAGAUAUUUACUUUUGUGAUUGAAAGUUAUAGACUCCAGCUUAUCAAUUAUAGAAAAGGGGUGAUAAGCAACAGUGGACCACAAGAGCCUGCCAAAUCUUCUGUUCCUAUAAUAAAACUGUCAUUUCCAGAAUAAUAUAGGAUCCUCCUAUAUUAAGUGGGAUGCUCUUCUUUAGUCUUUCGCCUAUUGUCAUUUGCAAGUCUGCCAUGGAAUUCUAUUAGUACAAGAGUGAAUCUGUGACAAUAGUAUUAGUCUUCUUUUCCUCGAUAAAUUUCAAUGCCAAAGUUUUGGUCAUUCACAGGACAAGAAUUUUUUUAUAUUUUUCAUAUGUUAAUCAGAUCUAUUUGUUCUGAAAAAUGUGAGUGAUAUCGUAAGGUAAAGUAACUACAACAACCAUCGAAAAUUCUAGCAUUGUCUCUUUGAUCAUAUAAAAUGAAAAAAAUACUGGGAAAAGAUAGAGCAAUAUCUUCAAUAAGGAAUCAAGAUUAAAUCCAAGGACAAAUAAUUAUACAGCUAGCAGAUAAUGACAAGACAAGUUUAUAAGAUUAUAGCAUUUAAAGUUGAGUUCUGUUUUCUUUUUUGUUCCAGGCAUACAACUAGAACUCAACAUGACCAGAAUCUGGUCAUGAGCUGGGCAGUGACCUUGAUUAUACAUCAAGAUUAUACAACAUGAUCGUUUGAAGGUUAGUCAGGAAAUAGCGAGGGAACUCCAUUCCCGAUAAUGUUGCCGAUUUGAGCGACUGUUGCUGAUGGUCUGCUGGCCAAUACUCUCCAACCUCCUAUAAGGAGUUUCCGUUGCAGCAAUUAGCAACAAGAGACAAGAAGUAGGCUGCAAAACUCUCCAAUUUCCGGCUGGCAAAAGAACAAUUUUCGGCUGGCAAAAGAAGUGUCAGAACAUGAAAGAACCCAUGUGUCUACAAGAGUUUUGAAACAUCCGGUUAUGUAGCUCCAGAAUAUGCGGCUGGAGGUUAUUAUUCCACAUAAUCAGUUGUUAAAAGGGUUCAACAUAUAGCAUAUGUUCUUUUGUAUAGUCUUGAUAAUUUUUCUUGCAUUUUAACUUGAUGUGGUACUUGGCACAAUCAGAAAUGUUCUAUUCUACAUGUCAUGCUGUACAGGUUUUCACAUUUUGUCAGCCAACUGAGAAGUGAACUCCUUGCACUAGGAUAAUGUAGUUUAUGAUUUCUAUACUGUA